UACGAAACAUCUACGCAGAAUCAAUUUAUGUUCUUACUUAAAAAUAUAUAUAAUAAAUGUUGUUAUGUAAUAUAGUAAUUUAUUUAUUUAAUUCAAAUAGUUAGGAAGAAUUAGAUGUACAAUUGUAAACAGUGUGAUUUUGCUCUACCUACUAUUAAUGCGUACAUUAAUCACUGUCGUUUACAUUCUAUGGAACCAAGAUUCAGGGUUGCAUGCUGUGUUUCUGGAUGUUUUUAAAGCUUUUCUACUUUUUGGAAUUUAAAAAAACAUAUCUACCGCAAUCAUGGUCAAAAUAAGUUUAAUGCAAAAUUAACUUCUUUAAAUAAUAAAGUUAUUUCAUUGUCUUGCCAAGUUCCUAUGUGUGGUGCGAAAUGCAAGGAUCAGACUGCAUUGUUUAUUCAUUUAAAUUACCAUAUUAGGGAUGGUACAGCAAUUCAAUGCCCAAUAUGACAAGCAUAUUGGGUGGCUGCAAGAUCAUCACAAUUUGCCCUCUUCGUUGUGGAAUGUUUAUGAAAUAGAAAGGCUACAUUCUUUAACUUAUCCUUCACAGCGCGCUGAUAUAGUCGGAUUAAAUGCACUGAAAAUAGUAUCGUUAGUGGCUAAAUGGCCAUUUUUAUUUAAAGCCAAUUGGUUUUUACAUCAUUUUAAAACAUUAACUGGAGUUGACAUAGCUUUUAUAUUUGAAGAAAAUCUUAAAAUUAAAUCUACCAUAAUUGUCAAAUUUUUGCAACACCAAAAAGAAAUGCAAUUAGCCAUAAAUGAAAUGAUAUUAGCUGGGCAAGGUAAUGUGUUAGCACCACUUGUUGCUGCAAUUUUGGGCAUUUGCCAGUUUUUUAAAGAAUCUUCCAAGUUUUUGUUUCAUCAGACUAUGGAGCAUGCAAAUGUGGAUGAUAUUGAAAAGGACAUUACUCUUCCACUUUCUCCUUGUAUUAGUUUUGCUGGAACUUGCAUAUUCAAGUGUAAUAGUUUUUACUUGGUUGUUGAUCGGCAAAUGCAAAUCCUCUUUUGGCAUUGGUUGUUCUUUUUGCUGCAUAUUAUGUGUUAAAUGUUGGCUAUCCAGUAGAGAUUGCUGCAACCCUUGAGUUUUUGCAGAGAUGUAUUGUAAAAAUAAACCCUGAAAAAGGAAACAAAAUCGAAAAGAAGAUUGGUAAAAAGCAGUAUGUCGGACCUCACCCUCCAGUAAAAAAAAUGUAGUGCAGAUACGCGGUAUUAUCCAAUGCUAGUGACGCGGUCAUGCACUAUCUCUGACGAUAUAUUAAAGUAAAUUUUAGCUUUUCUUUAAUUUUGUUUCGUUAAAAAAAAAAAUUUUUAGUCUUAAAUUGUUUUCUGCAUCAUACUUUAGUUUUUGUUUCAACAUUCACUUUGAUUUUACUUAUUUCUAAAUAAGUAAAAUCAAAUUGAAUGCAGAAACAAAACUUUGAUUUUUAAAACCUUAGA